AUGGCCGAGUUGGAAGAGAUACCUGGACCUCCUGGUCUUCCUUUCUUAGGGAACGUUUCAGAUGUUGACCCCGUCAAUUCAAUUGCUAGUCUUGAGCGUCUGGCGGAAAUAUAUGGUCCAAUCUUCAAACUUAAUCUCGGCGGUGUCGAAAAAUUAUUCAUAUCCACACAAGCUCUCCUCAAUGAGAUCUGCGACGAGAAGAGGUUUACAAAGAUAGUAGCUGGAGGUCUAGAGCAAGUUCGCAAUGGUGUCGGUGAUGGCCUCUUCACUGCAAGGCAUGGAGAAGAAAACUGGGAGUUGGCUCAUCGAGUUUUGAUGCCAGCAUUCGGUCCCCUAUCCAUUCGAUCUAUGUUUGACGAAAUGCAUGACAUAGCUUCACAAUUAGUGAUGAAAUGGGCUAGGUUUGGGUCAAAGGAGAAGAUUGAUGUUACCGAUGGCUUUACGAGAUUGACGCUUGAUUCAAUUGCCUUAUGUGCAAUGGGAACCCGUUUCAAUAGUUUUUACCAUGAAGAUAUGCAUCCUUUUGUCGAUGCCAUGACUGGGUUCCUUCUCGAGUCCGGUGCUAGAGCGCAAAGACCUGCGAUUGCCAACUAUUUCAUGCGUUCGGCACAAGCCAAAUACGAUGCUGAUAUCAACUUGCUUCAAAGCGUUGCUAAAGAACUUUUGGCUGAGAGAAGAGCAAAUCCAAACGAUAAAAAAGAUCUACUGAAUGCCAUGAUUAACGGCAGAGAUCCAAAAACUGGCAAAGGUCUUCCAGAUUCGAACAUUUUGAACAACAUGAUUACCUUUCUCAUCGCCGGUCACGAAACAACGAGUGGCAUGCUCUCAUUCCUUUUCUAUUAUUUGUUGAAAAAUCCUUCAGCAUACCAGGCAGUUCAGCGUGAAGUCGAUGAAGUCGUAGGCAAGGGACCCAUCACGAUUGAUCACAUGUCAAAACUCCCGUAUAUUGAGGCCUGUCUCCGAGAGACGCUGAGGUUGACUCCUACGGCACCCGCUUUCACGGUCUUUCCUUUACCUGAUUCAACUGAGUCGCCUAUCAUUCUUGGCGGUAAAUACGAAGUUAAGCCAGGGCAACCUAUUCUUGCUCUUAUUCCUGCUGUUCACCGUGACCCUACUGUCUACGGUGACGAUGUCUCUUCAUUCAAACCUGAACGUAUGCUUGACGAGCCAUUCAAAAAUUUACCGCCUAACGCCUGGAAACCUUUCGGCAAUGGUAUGAGAGGGUGCAUCGGAAGGCCUUUCGCUUGGCAAGAGUCAAUUCUCGCCGUCGCUAUGCUCUUACAAAACCUCAAUUUCAGGAUGGAUGAUCCAAGUUACAACCUUCUUAUCAAACAAACUUUGACUCUCAAACCAGACGGAUUUUUCAUGCACGCCAGUUUGCGGGAUGGCAUUGACCCUAUUCACCUCGAAAAAAUGUUACAUGUUGAUGUUUCAAAGGAACGUCUGUCAGAAAGCGAUCAAAAACUUGCCAAGGUCUUGAGCAAUUCUGGAAAACCAAAACAACCAAUGUCUAUCUUCUAUGGUUCAAACUCCGGAACAUGUGAAGCUCUUGCUCGAAGUCUUGCAAGAGAAGCCAGUGGACGUGGUUACGAGGCUCAAGUCGACCCUCUUGACGCUGCUGUAGACAAGAUUCCCAAGGAUCAGCCAGUAAUUUUGAUAUCUUCUAGUUAUGAGGGACAACCUCCUGAUAAUGCCUGUCAUUUUGUUGAGUGGUUGGAGAACUUACAAGGUAGUGAACGUCUUAAGGGAGUCAAAUAUGCUGUAUACGGAUGCGGAAAUCAUGAUUGGGUGUCGACUUUCCACCGGGUUCCCAAAUUACUCGACAGUGGAUUUGAGGAGAACGGCGCUACUAGAAUCGGGGAUACUGGAUUAGGCGAUGUUGCUGCUGGAGACAUCUUUGAGGCAUUUGAUGAAUGGCAAGACAAGCAUCUCUGGACCAAAUUAACCAGCAGCGCGGAUCAUGGAGAAGAAGUAGGUUUGGAAAUUGAAAUCGAUUCUACCUCCCGCUCUUCGAGACUUCGACAAGACGUUCGUGAGUCAAUUGUUCUCAGCAACAAGGUUUUAACAGCACCCGGGGAACCAGAGAAACGUCACAUAUCACUCAAAAUUCCAACUGGAAUGUCAUACCGUGCUGGCGACUACAUGGCAGUUCUUCCAAUAAACAAUUCCAAGAAUAUUCGACGAGUUUUGAAACAAUAUGGACUUCCUUGGGAUGCUAUGUUACAUAUUAAAGCUAGUCCUAAUACCACUUUACCAACUGGACACCCAAUAUCUGUAUGGGACGUUCUUGGGGCUUACGUCGAACUCAGUCAAGUUGCAACUCGAAAGAACGUCGCAAAAAUUGCCUCAAGUACACCUGAGCCAGAAGUGAGAGAAAAGAUCGAAUAUCUAGCCAAGGAAGGCUUUGACAAGGAGAUUUUACUCAAACGACGUUCGCCACUGGAUAUACUCGAAGAGUACCCGUCCGCUGCACUAUCCCUUGGAGAUUUCUUAGCCAUGCUUCCACCCAUGAGAAUUCGCCAAUACUCAAUCUCCUCAUCACCACUUGAGGACCCUAGUGUUGCAACUUUGACCUGGUCUGUUCUUGAUACAGUUUCGAAAGCCGGGGAAUCGAAACGCCAUUUGGGAGUGGCAUCGAAUUAUCUUUCUUCUGUUGAAGAAGGAGACCGUGUACAUGUUUCUGUCAAACCAAGUCGUGGAGCUUUCCAUCCUCCUACUGACUUAGAAAAUACUGCAGUAAUUUAUAUUUGCGCUGGAACUGGGUUAGCCCCUUUCCGUGGUUUCGUACAAGAGCGAGCCUUGCAAAUAGCUGCUGGACGAAAAUUAGCCCCUGCGUACUUAUUUAUUGGUUGUGGACAUCCCGAUAAAGAUGCUCUGUUCUCUGAUGAAUUGAAGAAAUGGGAGGCGGAUGGUGUGGUCAAACUCUACUACGCGUUCUCAAAGGCUCCAGAAUUAAGCAAAGGGUGUCGCCAUGUUCAAGAUAGACUCUGGGAAGAGAGAGAAGAGCUAAAGAAGGCUUUCGAUAGUGGCGCAAAGUUGUAUGUCUGUGGUUCGAGUAUGGUUGGAGAAGGUGUCUCGGUCAUGACUAAGAAGAUUUACGCGGAGGCUGCUGAUUUACUCGGAAAGACUAAGACGGAUGAGGAGGUUGAGGAUUGGUUUCAGGGCAUUAAGAAUGAUAGGUAUGCAAGUGAUGUUUUCACUUAA